AUGAUGCAUCGCGUCGCCGACCUCGACCUGGACCUCGGCCUGGGGCUCGGGAUCGCCUCCCAGGGCAGCCUCACGUCCUCCACCACCACCGACUCCUCCUCCCCGGCCUCCGCCUCCCACUCGCAGCACUGGACCGCCGCGCUCAGCUCCGUCGUCGGCGCGCAUGAGUCGUACGGGCUGCACCAGUAUGCCAACCAGCAGCGGAAGGACGAGCCGGGGAUGAGGCCGUCCACGUCGCCCGAGAGCGGCGUCAGCGGCGGGACCAAGAGGGGCCUGGAGCGCACCGGCUCCGGUGUCUCCCGCGGCGGCGCCACCGUGGGCGGCGACGAGGACGAUGACGGCACCGGCGGGCGCAAGAAGCUCAGGCUCUCCAAGGACCAGGCCGCUGUCCUGGAGGAGUGCUUCAAGACACACAGCACGCUCAACCCCAAGCAAAAGACGGCGUUGGCGAACCGGCUGGGGCUGCGGCCGCGGCAGGUGGAGGUGUGGUUUCAGAACCGCCGUGCUCGGACCAAGCUGAAGCAGACGGAGGUGGACUGCGAGUACAUGAAGCGCUGGUGCGACCAGCUCGCCGAGCAGAACCGCCGCCUCGAGAAGGAGGUUGCUGAACUCCGGGCGCUCAAGGUUGCACCGCCGGCAAACAACGGUGCCCCGGCGGGGCCCCUCACCACCCUCACCAUGUGCCUCUCCUGCAAGCGCGUCGCGUCGACGUCCUCCGCCUCGGCCUGCAACGUGCCCAGCUUUUCCUCCAAUGCCGGCAUCGGCAUGCCCAUGCCAUCCCCCGAACAACGGCAGUUCUUCUGUGCGUUCAGAGACACCGGAGCGAUGUACGGCGGUUCUUCGGGGCUCGCGAAGGUGGUCAAGCCGACCAGAUAA